CGGGCCCCGUGUCCCUCGGGCCUCCCUCGGCAAGCGGGGCAUGCACCUGAACGGGGAGGAAAGGUCCCUCCCCCCGUCGAGUUUCGGGCUGAGCUUGUGCACCCGGCGUUGUUCAGCAAUAGUGAAAAACGUGUCUUUCCUCUCCCUGUGUAGCCUCAACGGUGUGCCAGUGGCUUAUGAUCAUAUCAGAGUAGUGGGGGAAUUGGGUGACAUCUAUGAUGACCAAGGAUUCAUCCAUUUUAACAUUGAAGCAGAUUUUGUCAUUUUCACGCCGAAGAAAGGGAAAAAGCUUGUGGGUGUGAUCAAUAAAGUGGCCCCUAGCCAUAUUGGCUGUCUGAUACAUGGGUGUUUCAAUGCUUCCAUCCCUAAACCUAAUCAAAUGUCAGCUGUAGAGUGGCAAGAUCUUGGGUUAAAAACAGGAGAUAAGCUGGAAUUUGAAGUAUUGCAUUUAGAUUCUGAUGCUGCUGGAGUGUUUUUCAUUCGGGGAAGACUGAAUAAAGACAGUGUGCAUCCUAAAUAUCCUGAAACAGUACCUGCAGAUACAAACAGCAGAGAUGAAAUACCAAAGAAAAAACUUAAAAGAGCAAGAAAGAAUUCUGAGUUGGAAAAUGACACAGAGCCUACAGACAAUGCAGAUACUACUGUGGUGGAAGAUGCAGAGGAGAAUGGUCCUGAUACAGUAAAUGGAUAUUAUGAUAAAAAGCCAAAGAAGAAAAAACAUAAGCAGGAAGAGCAGAAAUCUGUAUUUUAUGAAAGUGACUGUAGUGGUUAUCCAAGUGACCAUAAAAAGGUUAAGAAAAAGAAAAGAAAACAUUGUGAUAUAGAUGAAGAGAGCGAAUUGUCUCAAUUGUCACAAGAACCCAAAGCCAAAAAGAGAAGGAAAUUACAAAUGGACUGAAGAGUCCAAAAGUGCAGUGCUUAAAUGUAAGAUUCUCAUCUUCUUCCAGAAGUUCUUAAUAAACUUCCAAUAAAAUAAUAUUUUCAGUUUGCGUA